AUGUUACCUUUUGAUUCAAGAAAACAAAAUGCAUCUGUAAUAAUGACAAUUAAUCAUCGAAAAUUAUUAAUGUAUGCAUGUAAUACCGAUGAAAAAAUAGGACAAGAUCAAAUAGCUGCAUUUCAAUGGAAUGAAAUUGUUAAUUAUUAUAUUGUUGACCGAAAACAAAAAAAUUCUGACAAUAAAGAAAAUUUAUUUAUAUUUGAAUACAAACGUUCAUCAAUGAAAAUAAAUAAAACUGUUCAAUGCUCAACAUUUUAUUCAUUGUAUUUGUACGAUUGUUUUGAACGUGUGUUCCAUGAGCUAAACUUAGUUAAACCCAAUAAUAAAACGACAGCAAAUGAACUACAGCAUAUACGAGAGAAUGAACCGGUUUAA